AUGAAGUUCUCUACUGUUCUCAAGGCUGGUGCCCUUUCAGCCAUCCAGCUCGCUGCUGCCCUCAACAUUAUCCUUACCAACGAUGACGCUUACACUUCCUCCAACAUCAGAGCCACCUACCAGGCUCUCAAGGACGAAGGCCACAAUGUUUUCAUUGUUGCCCCUGCCGAGAACCAAUCCGGCAAGGGUGGAACCUUUUCCUUUUCUUCUAGUCCCAAGCUUCAGAAAUCUUCCGAGUUUGGUGACCUUCCUGCUGGCUCUCCUGCUUGGGGCUACGAGGAGUCUGACAACCACGUCUGGUACUUCAAUGGCACACCUGCUGCCUCAGUUGCCUUUGGCCUUGACUAUGUCAUCCCCAACUACUUUUCCAACAUUAACAUUGACCUUGUCGUCUCUGGUCCUAACGAGGGUUCCAAUGCCGGCCCUGGCCUUUUCACUCUUUCCGGUACCAUUGGUGCCACCUACUACGCCGUUGGCCGUGGUAUCCCUGCCGCCGCCUUCUCUGCCGACUACUCUAACCACUCCUACUACAAGGAUGUCAAUGGCUUCCUUCCCAAUAAGGACGACGACUCGUUCUACUCUAACAUCUAUGCCAAGACCGUUGUUGCCAAGCUCGUCGAUGCUCUUGCCACUGCUGCUGGUGACAAUGAUCGUCUUCUUCCUCUUGGUGUUGGUCUUAACAUCAACAUUCCCUAUGUCGGUGCCCCUGCCAAGGAAACCUACAAUGUCGACUGCACUGCUCCUCCUCUUGUCUACACUCGCAUCACUGGUGGUGCCCAGUCUUACACUGUCAAGUUCAACGAGACCUCUGGUGUUUUCGUUUGGUCUUACCUCGAUUCCCAGAAAGCCCCCGGCCUUAACGUCGCUUACAAUGGUCCUACUGACCUUGCUGGCGAAACCGAUGUCUCUAAUGCCGCUGGCUGCCGUGUCGCUGUUUCUGCUUACUCUGUUGACUACACUGCUCCUGCUCCCGUCAAUGACGAGGUCCACAACCUUAUCCAGGCUGCUCUCAAGCGAUAA